GUUUAUUGUUUGUAUGGGUGUUAUGUUUGCACGCUGUUUACGAUUGCUAUCAGUAAAAGUGGGAUUUCUGUGUUAAAAAUGUGAUUUGAGUGAAAAAAAAUCGAAAAUAAUGGAUCUCGAGAGUGUUUGUUACGAAGAAAAGCUUCCGUUUCUUAAAUAUCUCAACGAAAAAACUUUAUUAUAUUGUAUAACAUGCUUAGCCUUUGCCGGAGUGUUUAGUUUAAUAUGGAUUGUUAAAAAAUAUACGUUCUUUGAAAAGGCUAAACUUGCUCGAGUGAAAACGCCUAGAUUUCCCUAUGGCAAUAUCUCAGACGUGAUAAAUAAAGAGACAACCUUGUACGAGGUGUUAGGAAAGUAUUAUAGCAGGUUUAAAAAGAAAGGUUAUGACGUGGGUGGCAUGUUCUUUUUUAUCAAACCCGUAGUGAUAAUAGUAAAAAACGAGUAUGUCCGUCACAUCCUGGAUAGCACCGAGAAUUUUAGCGAAGUUUAUCCAGAACAAUACAAGUUGAAGAGUGAUAUGUUUGAUUCUUCUUGUGUAAAAGUGUUUUUGGAGAACUACCAUGUUUCGCUGAAAGGUACCAUACUAGAAAGCCUGAAAAAGGACGAUAUACAUUCAGUUUUAAGAAACUACUUACUUGAAUUGGUUUCUCUGAGUUUUGGAGUGAACUCCUUUGAGAUAAUCGAAGAACUGAACUUGCUGUUAAAGCUAAAAACUGAAGCGAAUUUUCGAUAUAACCUUUCUCUAUGUCAUCCAAUAUUUAAGAACAAAAACAGCGCACUGUAUAGUGAUUUUGAAGGUGUAUUUCUGGAUAUUAUGAAUGAUAGAAAAAAGAAUGAUAUCGUUAAAGACGAUUUUUUUCAGUUUUUUAUAAAUUUGUUCAACGAAUCUCAGUGUGAUACUAAAGAGGUUUCCAGAGAAUUAUUUAACUUGUUUGCUGACUCAGUUAUUUACUCUUAUUCAGUAAUAUUAUGUAGUUUAUAUGAGAUGAGUAGGAAUACGGAUAUCCAGGAUGAAUUGAUUGGUGAAAUAAGGAGAUACAAUAAGCAAGGCGUUGUCUUGAAUUUAGACAACUUGAAGGAACUUGAGUAUUUAAAUUCGGUGGUUUUUGAAACGUUGAGAAAGUACCCGCCAGUGCCAUACAUACUGAAAGCCUGCCAAAAAGACUUUAAGAAAAACAAUUUGGUAGUACCUAAGGAUACUUUAGUGGCUGUGUCUAUUCUGGGACUGCAUAGAUCCUCGGAAAACUAUACGGAUCCGGAAAAUUUUGAUCCAGACAGAUUUGCAGACCAGAGUGAUUUGAAUAAAGUUUUGUACAUUCCAUUUGGCACAAGGAGGCAAGAUAAUCUUACAAAAUUGGUCAUUUUAUACACUAAAUUAACCCUGGUUGACAUUUUUUCCAAUCUAACUGUAAGGAAGAAGAAAGAUAGUGAGCAAAUUUUCAAGUUUGAUCCUAAGCUGAUACCAUUGAGGCCAAUGGAAACAUAUCCAUUUGUUUUUGAUAGAUUAUAAGUCAAAUAUCUGUUAUACUGACGUAUUAUUAAAAUAUAUAUUUGGUAGUUUGUUUA